AGGCUGAAGCUGACGUCACCAUCACGCUUACUGCCCGCCAUGCCCGCUCCGACUUCGUCGUUCCCCAACGAGUAAUCCUCCUCACCAAGGUCGCUACCGCUACCCAGGUCGGUCGGGCAUCGAAGCAAGAAAGCAAAGGAUUCGUGGCAGCUAGAGAGAAUGCCUGGUUUGAUAGUCCAGUCAUGUCUCGACAACAUGCAGAACUUUCAGCCGAUUUCGAUGCAAAGGUAUCUUCAAGAUUAACAGUCCCCAAUCUGCCCCUUUUCUGCUUAUAAGAUAUGAGACUCACUAUCGACCAGACUGUCCUCAUCCAGGACAUUGGAUCGCUGCACGGCACCUUCCAUCGCACAAAGGAUGACACAAACGAAGAUAGACUGCCCACUAGAGAGAAGGUUCCUCUGAAGGAUGGUGAUAUUCUUCGCUUUGGAACCGACAUUUAUCGAGGCCAGUUGACGUUCCCACCUUGCACGGUCCACGUAGGGCUGGCAUGGACCGAAGAAACACCGCAUCUUGCUGUUUCUAAUCGUGCCACUCCCACAAACACAUUCUGUGUGCCAGACUUUGAUGAUGACGACGACGACGAUGAUACAACCAGUGACGACGACAUCAUGGAGAUAGACAAGCCAAUGUCUGCGGAAAUAGAGGAUGUCACUCCUACUAACAUUAUCGACCUUACUGUUGGACCAUCCAGCAUACAGCUCUCCUCCAACAUGGCCACAGGACAUCUGAAUUCCAAUAUUAUUGACUUGACGUCGGAGCCUAGCUCUGAGGACUCCUUGUUUAUGACAGAGCAGCCCUUUUCUCAAUUUGACGCAGAGGAUACCGUCACCAUCAAUGAGGGUUAUGAUUAUGAGUCUGAUGCCUCAUCUGACCCUUAUAUUGGUGGAUACACCGACUCCGAGGACGAAAUCGCCUCGGGCCGAGCGUCGACGGGAGAGGUGCCAACGUCACCUAUUAAGACUUCGCCCAUCAGUGAUCGUAAGGGCGCAAGCAUCAAUUCAUACUGCCUCAAGUAUCCACCUCUUUGUGUCACCGAGUCCGACUCGGAGGUGGAAUGGAACGGUAAUACCACCACUUCAGUCCAUUCUGACGGUGACAGUGUUUCCGAUCUCGGUGAUGCAGAUAUCGUUGUCGAGAAUAGCUGCAACAAGGAUGAGCGAGAUGACCAAUCUACUGAUGCUUCAUCAGACCAUGACUACAGCACCUCUGACGAGAUUGAUGAAGAGGACGAAGAAGACUCGGGCAGUGAGCUGUCUCGCGACCUCAACAAUGUUCCAUAUUGGGAUGAAGAGCUUUCAAGUUCUUACAGCAAAGAAGAGGAUGAUGCCGAUGGACUGGACACGUUUGGAGCACAUCCUAUGCCUCUCGCUGAUGUCACUUCUACUUCCGGAUCCUCUUUACCUGUUCCAACGGUUUCUAGUGUUCUCCCAACCUCAAGUCAGUUCAACGCCAUCUCACCUCGCACAAUCUGUGGUACCCCUGCGUACACCCGUGGACCAACUGCGCCAUUCAUCCCCGUGCGGCCCCUGCAAUCUAUCAUAUCCAACAGCGUGGCUGGCCAUGUCAACCAGCCUUCUCAUCUUCCGACGCAGAAAGACCGUCAGCCUAGCCCGUCCGAUGCUGUAAUGGCCAAAAUAAUACCCAUGCAGCACGCAACAUCAUCGGCUGCUCAGUCACUCGGUGAGCGAACUGGCAAGUACGAAUUCUUCGCUGCUAGAGACCACAAUCGUGCAUCCGUGAUGAGCAAUCCUCUCAUUCCGAAAAUACCAUCGCCUCUUAAUACCAACACCACACCUAUUGUUGUUGCUAAGGAGCCAUCUAUGACGGACACAAACAAGGUGGCUGGUGCCACUGCUGCAUCGACUAACGCAGUGCCCCAAACGGGAAACCUGUCUUUCACUGAACACUUUGAGAACUCUCUCAGCGAUAAGAAUGAUGCCAACGAUGCCACGGCCGCCCAAGUCCGAUCGCCAUGCCCACCAUGGAGAGAGCCUCAGUUAGCCAAAGAUGCUAUGACAGACAUCAUUCUGGAGUCGCGCUACGGUGUAGACCAACCUCCUUUGGUUAACUCAACAUGGACCCAUGUUGGUGAAGCCUUCUUGAAGGAACCUGACCAUUGCCUUGUUCCUGUGUCUGACGAGCGCACCCGACUCCAGAGCCCCGAACUCGACAUGACUAGUGCGGCAACCUUUGCGGAAAGCAAAAAGAAAACUGAGGCCGACGCAAGCCGGAGCCGAAGUCGUCUCGCCGUCAAGUUCCUUCUUCACGAGUCCAAGGAAACUUCACCUACUCCAGCUAGUGGCAGCAACGAUUCCCCUCGUCCCCCCAAGCGGUCAUAUGACGAGGUCUUUGCGGAAUCUGAAGAGCAGCACAUUGCUGAGGAUCCUUUCAACAAUGCCGAAACACCAGUCGCAGAAACAGAUGCCAUUACGACUGGCAUGAGUGGAACAGACACUCCUAUGCCCGAUAAUACUGUGCUGGCCGUGGCAUCAUCGGAGAAUAUAAUUUCGGACACCCCUGAACUUGCACCAACAGACUCCGAAGUAAUCAUUGCUUUGGCUGAGCAGCUUGAUACUAGACCUGCCAAGAGACGCCGUUUAAGCAAAUUCGCCAAAUAUGCCUCUGUGAGCAUAGUAAGCGGUUUCACAAGCGCUGCGCUCGUCUUUGCCGGUCUGGCUGCUACAGCGCCGCAAAUUGUCUGAUGGCUUUUCGCCAACUCAUGCAUAAUAAUGGCAAAAGUUCGUCUCUAAUAUCGUUCUUUCUUUCUCACGACGGUUACAUGCGACACAUUUGUCAGGAAUGUGGCUUCCAGGGAUGACCAGGCGUUCGGCUAAUUGUUUUGUUUGCUG